AUGAUAAAUAAUUUAUUUUCUAUUUUUGAUCCCACUACUUCUGAAUUAUAUUCAUUAAAUUGAUUAAGAUCUUUGUAUGUUUUAUUAUUUAUUCCAAAUUUAUAUUGAUUUAUUCCUUCUCGUUAUAGAUUUAUUUUUUUAACUUUAUUAAAUUAUUUAAUUGGUGAAUUUAAAAUAUUAUUAAAUAUUAAAAGAAAUUUAAUAAAUCUUUUAUUUUUAAUAAGAAUUUUUAUUUUUAUUAUAUUAAAUAAUUUUAUAGGAAUAUUUUCUUAUAUUUUUACUUCUUCAGCUCAUUUAACUUUUAGUUUAACUUUAUCAUUAACUUUAUGAUUAUCAUUUAUAUUAUAUGGAUGAAUUGUUAAUACAAAUCAUAUAUUUAUACAUUUAGUUCCUGAGGGUACUCCUUCAGCUUUAAUAGUAUUUAUAGUAUUAAUUGAAACUAUUAGAAACUUAAUUCGUUCUGGAACUUUAGCAGUUCGUUUAUCUGCUAAUAUGAUUGCAGGUCAUUUAUUAAUAACUUUAAUUUCUUCUACAGGACCAAGAUUAAGAAUAUUAAUAUUAUUAAUAAUACUAUUAUCUCAAACUUUAUUAAUUUUAUUAGAAUUAAGUGUUUCAAUUAUUCAAGCUUAUGUAUUUACAGUUUUAAGAACAUUAUAUAGUGCAGAAACAAGAUAAUAAUAAUUUUAAUUUUUAUUUAUCUAAUUAAAUAUUAAUUA